CUAUUGAUGUUAUACAAACUGCAAGCUGACUGAUACACUACCCAGACGAGUAUACGCCCAAACAUUCUCUUUCUGUCUCUCUCUUCCUCACACACAUUCGCGUAUGUAAAUCAGUUAAUUUUUACGCGUGGGUGUUCACAGAUGUGCGUGUAAGUUAUUUUUUUCGUAGCAUUUCUAGAAGUAAUCUUCGCCACCACCUAUAUCCAUUACUACGACCAACAGUGCUACCUUUUUUUGAGGCUGGAGAUAACUCUACCUUUGGUAAAAGUUAGUUCGUAUCAUUAUCAACCACAUAUAUUAAUAACAUUCAGCUAUAGACAACAAAAGAGAGAAAAAUCAACAGAAGUACAAUCAUCAGCAACAACAUUAAUCGGACAACACCCAGUCUUUUGUAAACUAUACUAAAUAAUUUUAGGUGCGUCUUCACGGUGCUUAUUGACUCUCUCUAUCCUGAUAGUAAUCUAUCAAAUGACAUACGUUUUUGUCUAUUAAAUAAUAUUUUACUCUCGAAGUAAAGCCCUUGGUCAAUUUAGCAUUUUCGGAGAAAAUUUUCCGCGCAAAAAAUAGCAAAAGAGCGGGGCAGAGCAGUUCUCGAAGAGUUUACGAUAUAUGAUAUAAACUGAAGAAAGAAAAAAGAUUAUUGAAAUUGUUUUAAUAGAUCUGGUGAAGAAUAAUCGCAGUUUCAUAAAGUGAUUUAAUCAAUAUAUCUAUAUACACAAUACUUUGAAAAACUAAAACGUUAUACGUUCUGGGGAAGAGAGAGAAAGGAGCAGAAGAAUUACAGAGAAGUUGGUACAAAAGCUAAACAUUCCGAAACGAAGCAAUACGAAACGAACAGAAGGCGGCGAGCGGAAGAGACAGAAAUUCGCUGCGACCAUGAAACGGACUUUGAAAAUGCAGUCUAAGAACGAGGCGAAGAAGAGCGAUAAUGAUAAAGACGAUGACGACAAUGAGAGCGGCAGGUUGAGAGAAAGAGACCGAGAGAAGGAGGCACGGCAGACGAGACAGACGAGGCAAACAAGACAGUCGGGUGAGUCAUUUAGUAAAAUGAACCCGUUGGAGAAAGCUCGUGCCCUGCUUGGAGGUGGCAGUAGCUACAGCGCCAGUACCAGCAGUGGUGCCAGCACCAGUGGCAGCAGGAGCAGCACUACCUCCACCACCACCGCCGCCGCCACCACCACUACCACUACCAACGACACCAGCAGCAACACCAAUGCCAACGACAACGGCAGCACCAGUGCCAAUGCCACACCGAAUGCCGCAACCACGGACAACCAAACACCAGCAUCUGUAACCGCAGCAGCUGCUGACACCGCAUCAGAUGAGACAAUCUACCCCGAAUUUAUGGAUGAUGUUCACAUUACUGCAGCUUCUUGGAUGAUGGAAGGACCCGUGACUCCUGGUAGCCAAGAGUUUAUACUGAAAGAUGAAGGUACGUUCAUAUCCAACGUGUCUCGAUUUUAUAACCAGGAGUCACUCAGUGACAUAAAAUUGAAUGUUGGCAACAAAGUCUAUUUUGGUCAUAAGUUUGUCUUGGCCAAGUCCAGUGAUGUAUUUCGCACAAUGCUUUAUGAAAGUCGGUGGAAAGAGAAAAGCACUGCAAGCAUUGACCUGAAUGAGUCUGCCGAAUGCCAGGCUGUCUUCAAUAGGUUUCUUCGCUAUCUCUACACUGCUGAAAUCAAAAUUAAUCCGGAAUCUGCAGUUGGUGUUCUUUGUCUUGCAGAUAAAUACAAUGUUGCAUCACUGAAGCAUCUUUGUACCAAAUAUAUGGUAGAGAACACGAAAUCUCCUAAGGUUCAGAAUGCGCUGAAUUGGUAUUCGUGGGCGAAGGCCCUACAUUUGGAAGACCUUAUUGAACAGUGUGCCAAGACGAUUGCAUGGAAUGCAGAUAAUAUCAUAAAGUCUCCAGAAUGGUUGACCAUGGACAAUGAUUUUGUUACUGACCUGUUGCAGAGUUCUAGCUUAGUUGUCACCAACGAAUACACAUUGUACCUUGCUCUCACACAUUGGCUGGAACACCAAGAAACCUUAAAGCCAAAUAGUUAUGGAGAGAACGUGCAAAAGUUAAUGUCCUUCAUUCGUUUUCCACAAAUGCUGGUUUCACAACUGUAUGACAUUGAGAACUCUGAGAUCUCUAAAUUGCCCGAGUAUAGGACUUUGAUGCACCACCUAAUCAGCAAAGCAUACCGAUUUCGUUCGCUGUGUCCAGCACAAAAAGAACUGAAGGUGUCAUUCAACGAACCAUUCUACAUACCACGUGACUACAAGGAGCUGAUGGUGGACAGUGUGCGUAUGCACAAUACUCACCGGUUUGGCAUUCAGGUCGAUGUCCGAACAUACGUUGGCCCUGUGCCUUCCGAAAUCAAGGAAGGUGACUGGAAAAUUACUUACCGAAAGAAUGCUGACCAAUGGAUAUUACAAAUCUUUUGCCAUGAGUCUGCCCUUGUCCAAGGGGAGGCAAGGGUAAUGUCCAGCUUGAUAGUGUAUAACGAUGAUGAAGAAGUCAUCCAAGUGGAACAAUCCACACCAACUGUCUGUUCCCGUGGCAACCAUAUGUCCCAUACAAUUGAUAUAAUCAACCCUGAGGUUGCCCGGACAAUGGCAGUUUUGAUUAAACCUGUACCUAUAUGAGCAAGAAAAAGACAGUACAUGUUUGUGUGUGAGAUAUAUAUGAAGAUAUGUCUGAAUGGAAGGUAUCCAGAAUAUAAAGAAUAUGCUACAAUCAAAGUUAUUUGAAGGGAAAAGUGCAAAAUUACCUAAAUUGAUAAUAUUAAAAACAAAGGCAAAAAUGAAUCCCUUCCCUAAAAAAAAAAAAGAAGACCUUUAUAUUCUGAUCCCAAUUUUUAUUAAAUAUUUUUGAUCAGCUUAAAAACAAACAAAUAAAAAAAAAAGUGCCCUUCCCCUCCUGCUCCCCACCAAAAAAAAAAACCUUACAUGAAUACUUCCAGGAACAUUCACAUGAGUGUGAAGAAUGAAAUAACUUAGUUUUUUCUAAAUUCAAGAUAUGCUUUUAUGCAAAUGAGGGGACCAAACACAAACACUGAAAUAAUUAUGUUUGUAUGUAUAUGUAAUAUAUUUAUAUAUAUAUGUUUUCUUUGAAAUUUUAAAUUCUUUUACACAAUUCAAGCUAGUUGCUAACAAAGUCACCUAGCUUCUUUGUUUGGGUUAAUACAAUACCAGAGGUUUGUGAACAUGCCUGCAUACAUUUAUGCGUGCAUACAUGUAUAUGUGUAUGGCCGUUCUACGUAGGUAUUUGUUGAUGCACAAAUGUGCUCAGACUCAUGUAAUGGCUGUACAUGUGUCUCUUUGGUAACGAAUUGUGCACUUGCUUUUUAUUCAUGCGUGCCUGCAUGUACAUGCGAUGGUGUGUAUAUUAUGCUUCUAUGGAGACUCAAAAGGAGAAGAAAAAAAUCUUUUGAUUUUGCAUUCGAGUUUCUCGAAGGAAAUAUAUAUGCAUGUCUUCACUGUACUAAUUGGAUUUGGAAGGCACAGGUCCAUUUUUGUUGUUGGAAAGCCCCAAGCAUUCCAAGCUUUUAUGUAAAUAUUUUGUUACAUAACUUCAAUGCAUGUAUGUUAAUAGAUGCAAAUGAAAAUUUGUACCUCGAAUACAAAAUUGACCAGUGAUUUUUUUUUUUCCAUUAUUUUGAGGCAUUCACACCUGCCGGCCAGUUGACCUCCAUAUCACUGUAUGACACUUGUUGUUCAGCUUCGUAGAACAAUAUGAGGCCUGUUUUCAUUGGAAUACUUCAUUAAUAUUCCCUAUUUUUAAAAAAUGUGGAUACAUUAUGAUUCUGGUGUGUCUUUGCUAAUGCCACUAGGACAAUUCUUUAUAUAUAGAUAAGUAUUUUAAAGUUUUGGCAACAACAUCAUGUCUCAUGGCAAAGUGGUACUUUGCAGAAAAUUUGGGGAGCAGCUGCUGCUGAUAUAAACAAUGUCUUCCACACUGAUAUGGCACAAUCCACAUUUCUUUUCCCUGAGGUUUAGUUGGAAAAAAACUUUUAUCUCUUGUUGAUCAGGCAUUUCGUAUCACACGUACAAGAGAGAUAACUCUUCAUCUUAAUGUUGGAAUUUUCAGGUUUACAGGAUUACAGGAUAUGUACUCGUGCAUAACUUUCUGUUGCAUGUUAAGUAUCCUCACCACCACCACUGAGUUUCUAUGUAGCUUAGUCCAGUUGCCCAUGAUUAACAUGGAAUAGAUGUACACUUAAAAUGCUUAUUCAGGAGUUUUCACUUACUGACGAUGCUAUCAGUUUUAUUUUUCUGUACACACAUUCUGUUCCCCCUUCAUUAUCCAUUAGGUGUUGUCUGAGGGGUAUGAUGUGGCUCCCUUUUUCAGUAUUGAUGUCCAAACUGCAGAUCUCUUCAGCUGUUCAGUGUAAUAUGCCAAAUGUUGGUAUUCGUACUAGUAUUGCAAAAGCAUUAUGUUACUGAAUGAGACUAGCUGUGACUUCCAUGCCUUCCAAAGUCAGCUGACAAAUUUUUUUCUUGCUCCUGUUUUAUUCAUAAGCAACAAUGCCUGCAGUAUUUAGCAUUGAUUCCAAAAAACACUUGUUGCCAUUGAUAUCUAUAUUCCUUGCCUGGUCAACAAUUUAGUUUUUGAAUUGAUUACCAAAUAUGAACACCCAUGUUCACCUAACUCCAUUUCUAUGUUCCAUGAGAAUAUUGGGACCAGUAUUAAUGAUAUUUCCUGGAUAUAGCUCCAGAACAUCGACCUGUGAGUAGCAUGUCGAACUUCAGCAGUUGAAGCUUUGAAGUGCACUGAUCCAAAUAUCCAUGAGUGAGGUAACAGUCAAAUGUCUUCAUAUUUUCUAGCCAUAUUGUCAGUAGACUUAAGUAGUGCUGUUUGGCUUCCUUGAGAACUGUUUUUCCUCCUGCUUGUUCAUCAGUCAGCACAUAGUUCUGCUGCAAUCUUGGAGAAAUUUAAUCAAGCAACCUGUGUAUAGCUUAUACAUAACAUUUAGAGACGAUAUGUGUGUGUAGAAAUGUAUAUACAAAUACAUUUUGUGUGUGUGUAUAUAUGUAUAUAUACAAGUGUGUAUGCAUAUAUAAAUAUAUACACACACAAAUUAUACUGUAGAAGGAGCUAAAGAUUAAAAUAUUUAUCUACAGGACAUAUUUAACAUGUGUAUACAGUUGAAAUAUCAGAAGCUGCAGUGGUUGUUUGGGGGG